AGUUUUACUUAAAAAGUUAUACAAAAGUACAAAAGAAAAGUAUAUUUCACGAGAAAAUAGCGUUAUUGCAGUUCCUAACUUAGUUUUUUUAUUAAUAAAAUGAUUAGCAAUAUAAAUAAACAUAAGAAACAUAUUAUAAUUUAAAAUGUAAAGCUCAUGAUUAAAAUGAUCUAAUAGAUGUGUCAUACAAAUGUAUGCAAUUAAGUAUUUAUGAAUUUAACAAGAGUCAAUUAAUGUUAUUAGAUCAUAAAUGGACAUUUCAAAAAAAAAGUAUUAUAAUAGAAAUGUAUUACAUUAAAUCAAUAUCAAAGUUGUAAGAUGUGUCUUCACCGUUUUAAAUUACGAUCCGUGUUUCUGAUUGGAUUUGGAAUUGGUUUUCUCUUUGCAAUAUUUUUGUUUAUUAAUCAACAUUUAUUUUGCAACAUUUCUAAUUGCCAAAAAUCUGCAUUAAAUUUAUAUUCUACAAGUAAGAAUGCUCUUUUUAAAUGGUUCAUGUCUGAUAUAUGGAUCAACGAAGAGAUUAUUUUUCAAAGUUGGAAUAAAUCAACAUAUAGUGAGUGGUUAAAUAAUAAAAAACUGAUAUUAAGUAAUAUUGAUAUGGAUAUUUAUCUUUAUGGAUCUGAAAAAAAGAAGCAAUUAGAAUCUAAUUGGUUGAAAUCACAUGUUCACAUCACUUGUGCUGUAUUUGUAAAAAAAAUUAAAUUAGCUAGAGCUAUCCAAAAUACUUGGGGAAAACAUUGUAAUAGAAUAUACUUUUUUGGUCAAUUAAAAGAUAUCAAAGUGCCUAUUAUAAAUUUUGAAAUAAAAUUAGUAUCCUCAUGGCAACUUCUUUGUGAAGCUUUUAAUUAUAUUUGGAGAAAUAAUGAAACUUUAGAAUGGCUUAUCUUUGUAAAAGAUGAUACAUUAGUGAUUCUUGAAAAUUUACGUUAUAUGCUUGCUCCAUUAAAUCAUACUCAGGAUCAUUAUUUAGGUCAUGCAAUACUUCUAUGGGGUCAACCAUAUAAUGUUGCUAAUGCAGGAUAUGUAAUUAGCAUGGGAGUUCUUAAAAAACUAAUUAAUAUGUUUGAUAAUUCAAAGAAAUGUAUAAUCAGUGGCAAAUAUUGGAAACAGGAAGAUUAUUAUCUUGCUAGACAUUUGGCUUCUAUAGGAAUUUAUCCUUCUGAUACAAGAGAUCAGUAUCAGAGAGGCACCUUCCAUGGAUAUUCUUUGCAAUCUUUAUUAUGGGGUGUUGUUAAAACUAGUGCUUAUUGGACUCGUGCUUUGUAUCCAAUAAAAAAUGAGUGCUGCUCAUUUAUGUCUGUUACUUUUAAUGUAGAAGAAUCUGAAAAAAUGUAUACUUUUAGUUAUUUAUUAUAUAAUUUUUAUGUUUUAAAGAAGAAAGCUGUGUUUGGAAAUAGAAAAAUAACAACAUCUACAUCAGAUGAAGAUGUAUGGAAAGUCGCAUUAAAAGAAGAAUUUAAUAUUACACAUUUAAAUAAUAUUUCUAGUGAAAUGUAUUAUGAAAUAUGGCACUCAAAAUAUUCUGAACCAGAACAAUUAAUUAAGAAUAAUUAUCAGAUUAAAGAUUCAGAAUCUAAAUAA